AUGGCGGUCGAGGUUCUGCAACCUCCCGCCGGUUACGGCGGUGGCUGCAGCGGCGUGGGAGGAGGCGCCUCGUGCGUCGGGUUACCCGUCACGGGCCGCGAUAUAACCAAGGACUACGAUCUAGGCACGCGCCUGGGAAAAGGCUCUUUUGGCGCGGUGCACGAAUGUCGCAACCGGCACACGGGGUUCCGAUACGCGUGUAAAGUUAUCGACAAGGAGCAACUUCGAGACGAUGCUGACGUGGAAGACGUUCGCCGUGAAGUGCGGCUGCUGAAGCAAAUGGCGGGGCAUCCGAACAUUGUGGAAUUACAGGACGUGUUCGAGGACGAGUCGCGCGUGUAUCUGGUCAUGGAGCUGUGCGAAGGGGGAGAUUUGUUCGACGAGAUCAAAGGUCGCGGUCCCUUCGAAGAGCGAGACGCGUGCGCGGUUUUCCGUCAGCUCGCGACGGCCGUUGCUUACUGCCACGCGCAAGGCGUCAUGCACCGCGACUUAAAGCCCGAAAAUGUCCUUUUCCUCACCCCAGCCCCAGCACCGGAUUCCACCACUGAUGGCCGCGCAUCGUCUCUUAACGGCAGCGCCGCGGGCUCCGCCGGCGGCAGCGGUGGUAACGGCUCCGCUGGCGGCGGCGGCGGCGUUGCGGGCUGCGCAACGGCCGCAGCCGGUCUGGGGAGCGGGGCGGACGCCGCCGCCGCCGCUCUAGAGGAAGCGUGGCCCGCGCAAGGCCAUCCGAUUCCCGCGCAGAAUCUCCCUCCGCAGCAGCCGCAGCAGCAGCAGCGGAAGGCAAAGCUCGUCCCCCUGAGUGUCGUCCUGCCAGAGCUACUGGAUUGCCCCUCCGCGGAACAUCUUCCGCGCACGCCCAUAUCCCCCGCGCUCACUCCCGCUGGCACCCCCACCCCUACCAGUUUCAACCUCCCCGGAACUCUCUCCCCCCCACCUGAGCCUCUCCCCAUGCCCUCCCGCCCGCAGUCCCCCGCGGGGCCUUUCUCCCGCUCCGCGCACACGCGCCCUGCGGCGGCGGCGGUCGCGGCCGCCGCCUUAGCUGCUGCCGCGGCGGAAGGCUGUCGGCGCGCGCUGUUCUCGUCCGCGCAUGGCGGGGCGCCCGCGUCGAAGGGGGAGCGAGUGCACGGGGGAAGUGCGCACGGGGCCCAGAAGAAAAACGGCGCGCAGGCAAAACAGGCGGAAGGAGUUGCGCCUAGGCGCGCGCACGGGCAAGGAUGUGGGGAGGGGAAUGGAUCUUACCACCGGCAGGGCAGCGGGCAGGGUAACGGGCAGGGGAACGGGCAGGGAAACGGGCAGGGCAAUGGGCAUGUGCACGGGCACGGGCAUUUGUCGGUGCUGAGUCACAACGUGGGUGCGGCCCUGGCUCCCUUCUCUCUCAUUGCUCGGCGCGCAACAGGCUCACACCGGAGGCAUGGUGCCUCUAGUAACCAUGCUGCUUGUGGUAACCACCAUGCCGCCUCCUCCGCCGCCCAUGCUUCUACUCACCUGCAUUCCUCCAGCGGUUCACUUUCUGCUGCUGCUGCUGCUGCUGCUGCUGGUGUCUCCUCCACUGCUGCUGCUUCUGGCGCUGCGGCUGGCGUGGCUGGUGCUUCUGCUACUGGAGGCGCUGCUACUCCUGCUGGCCCGUGUGCCUUACCGUCGGCUUUCCAAGCACCUGGCGCCAAUGGGCAGAACAAGGAAAACAACGGCGGAAUUGGGGCUGCUGCAGUGGACACGUCAGCACCAGCACCAGCACCAGCACCAGGGACUCAUGGCGACAUAAACGGAGGAGGAGGCCGAGGAGGAGGAGGGCGAGGUGGAGGAGGAGGUUGGGAGGGAGGACGGAAUAGCGUCUUUGCAGUGGCGUUCUCUCGGGGUGGGAGCAGCGGGAAGGGCUGUGGUAGCGGCAGCAGCAAGGCUUUUGGGGGCAGUAGGGCACGCCAUCCCUCUAGCCCGAGAGCUAGUUCCAACGGUGCAGUGUUCUCCUCUGCUGCUGCUGCUGGUGCCGCUGCUGCUGGUGCUGGUGGUGCUGCUUCUGGUGGUGGUGCUGCUGCUGGUGCUGCUGCUGGUGCUAGUGGUGGUGGUGGUGGUGGUGGUGGUGGUGGAGUGGGAGUGGGAGUAGGUGGAAUGGCAGGAGGUUCAACGGAAGCAGGAGGACCGUCAGCAGCAGCAGCUGCAGCAGCCGCAGCAGCCACUAUCACCCCGCCAAGCGGCCCUGUCACGCCCCACGCACGCCUGCUACGCUUGCCUAAUGCAACCUGUCGUGCACCCCGCCGCGCGGCUGCUGCGCCUUGA